AGAGAGGGGGGCGCAGUGCGCAGGCGCGGCGCACAAUGGCGGAGCUGGGCAAGAAGUACUGCGUCUACUGCCUGGCCGACGUGACGAGCCUGCGGCUCCGCUGCACCGAGUGCCAGGACAUUGAGCUGUGCCCCGAGUGCUUCUCGGCCGGCGCCGAGAUCGGCAGCCACCGUCGCUGGCACGGCUACCAGCUGGUGGACGGAGGCAGGUUGACGGUGUGGGGGCCCGAGGCGGAGGGCGGCUGGACGAGCCGGGAGGAGGAGCUGCUGCUCGACGCCAUCGAACAGUACGGCUUCGGCAACUGGGAGGACGUGGCGCGCCUGGCGGGGGCGCGCGCGCCGCCGGAAGUGAUGGAACAUUACGUCAGCGCGUACGUGCACGGCAACCUGGGGCGCGCCUGCAUCCCCGACGUCAUCCCCAACCGCGUCACCGACCACACCUGCCCGGGCGGGGCGGGCGCGCCGCUGUCGCCCAGCCUCACCACGCCGCUGCCGCCGCUCGACAUCACCGAGGCGGAGCAGCAGCAGCUGGGCUACAUGCCGCUGCGCGACGACUACGAGGUGGAGUACCUGCAGGAGGCCGAGGCGCUCAUCAGCGGCCUGGCGCUCAACUACGACGACGAGGAGGUGGACAUCGAGCUGAAGCGCGCGCACGUCGACAUGUACGUGCGGCGGCUGCGCGAGCGGCAGCGGCGCAAGGACGUGGCGCGCGACCACGGGCUGGUGCCCGCCUUCCUGGGGCGCGAGCGGCGGGAGCAGCGGGAGCGAGCGCCGCCACUCGGCGGCGGCGGCAGCGGCCAGGGAGAGGGAGUCGGCGGCGGCGGAGCAGUGGCAGCGGCGGCGGUAGCGGCCCGUGAUCGAGGGGGGGAGUCGUCGUCGUGCCGGGAGGAGCGUGAGCUGCGCGCGCGGCUGAGGCCCGCCUGCCAGCUGCUGACGGCGCGCGAGUUCGACGACUGCUUCGAGAACCUGCGGCGGGAGCGCACGCUGCGGGCCAAGGUGCGCGAGCUGCAGCGGCACCGGCGCAACGGCAUCGCCAGCAGCGAGGAGUCGGCAGAGUACGAGGCGGCUCGACACAAGCGGGAGCGCCGCAAGGAGCUGCGGGCCAGCGGUGCUGGCAUCACCGCCGCCAUCACCACCGUCGUCGCCGCCGCCACCACCACCACCACCGGCGGCGGCGGCGGGGGGGCGACAACCAACACGGCCGCCACAACCGCAGCCAAGCGGCCCAAGGACGAGUCGGCGGCUUCAGCUGCGGCCGCCGCCGCCGCCGACUUCAACAACGCCAUGGAGAACCUCUCCGGCUUCGACCUGCUCUCCGAGCGGGAAAAAGUCCUGUGCGGCUCGCUGAACCUGAGCCCCGGGCGCUACCUCACCGUCAAGACCAUCAUCAUCAAGGACUACCUGCAGAAGAGGCAGGGCAUCCCGUCCAAGAGCCGCCUGCCCGGCUACUUGGACAAGGUGCUGAAGAAGAGGAUAUUGAGCUUCCUAACUGAGAGCGGCUGGAUCGCCCGGGACACUUCUUGAUGCCUUCCCCUGAAGCGUGGGGUGCAAAGAUAAUACCCGUCUGCAAAUGUUUCUUCUGAAAGGUGCAAAUGCUGUCAAUCAGUCGUCCCCACUCCCGGAGAGACAGCACCAGGUUUCCAUGCAAGUGGAAUUGACCGCACUGAUUUUUUUUAAUGUCAUCUCACCUGGGGAUAUUAUUGCAUAAACCCUAUUUUCUCACAAUUCAUCCUUUAAACAAUAACAGACAACUAUGGUCAUGAAAGCUCUUGGCCUGACUGAAGGGUGGUGAUGACAGACUGUUGACUUCAAAAUCUGAGCCUCAAAUUGUUCAGCCACUAAACUGAGGAAUUAAAAAUGGUGUUAUUUUAAAUGGCUUAAUUUUCUAUUUAUUAAUAGGCCGCAGCAGGAACUUAAUGAUCUCCAGCCAGAUUAGUCGGUUCCAUUUGUAGCUCUACAAAAUUAUUUUGCUUAAAGACAUGGGAUUAUACGGGGUUCAGGAUUAUGAUGUAUUAUUACUGGACAUGGAUAUGUAGAGGAACUUUUGAUCAACACACUUUCAGAUAGGUGUUUGUGUAACACCCAGAGGGUGAGAGUUGCCCAAUAUACAGGUUAGCAGAAGAUACAGCUAACUUGUAAAGUGUAGGCAAGCUACUGCAUGUUGGGAAUUUGUGCAAGCUUUAUGCAAGCUCGACACUCGAGCUCUGAAGGCUUGACAUAAAACUUGGCUCCCAUCAGAGAUUUAGUGCUGUGUAGUUCACAUCAGCAACUCAGUUGCUAGCUUUUUACCUGGAAAAUGUGCAUUUUAAAUGCAUUGUUGACUUUUACUGAUUCAGUGGAGAUCUUAGAAAUGUGAGUGACAUUGAAGACGAUUCAAAUUGAGCUGUGAUAUAUUGAAUUGAUGGAGAUUUUGAUUGGGCUGGCCAAUUCAUCCACUUAGCUCAUCAGCCACAAAAUUCCCUUCAAUAACUUAAUAUUUCAAGUAAAUGAUCUUUCAUUAUAGCAGAUGAAAGAUUGGUGACUUGAAAAGUGAACGGUAUCUCUUUUAAAAAAAAAAAAGAAAAAAGGUUCACUCUUUAAUGGGACUUUAUAUUUUAGUACAAACAUGUUACAUCCUAUUCUGAGCCCAUUUUCAACAUUGAGUAUUUUGGCACUGACUUUUCUUCUACAUUGAUGUACAUUAACUGUUUGCCAUCACAAGAUCUGUUUCUUCCCUCUUUCAUUAAAUGCCAUUUGAGUUACCUGUUCCCAAUUUUAAACCCUCUUGUCGAGUCUCAAGAAGGGUCUUGACCCAAAACAUCACCCAUUCAUUCUCUCCAGACAUGCUGCCUGUUCCGCUGAGUUACUCCAGCAUUUGGAGUUACUCCAGCAUCCUUGUCGGACUGACUGAAAUCAAGGGCCUGCCCUUAUUGGAAAAUUCAACAUUGUAACAAAUCAUAGUUAUAAUAUCCAUAUCCUGAUUUAAAACGUUAAUGAGAAUGAAAAUGAUAAUGUAACUUUUAAGAAAAAUGCAACGUUUGUUGCUUAAAAAAACCUCAGGGCUGACUAAAAUUAUCCUUGGACCAUGAAACUCUGCAUGAAAUUAAAUGCCCAAUUAGAGUAUGUAAGGUAUGUUUGUAAGUAAAUUAUGUGAAAAAGCACAACAUUUGUGAACGUCAUUUGGUGAGAACAGGUGUUUUUAUACAGAUAACUUGUGCCAUAUUCUGAAGAUUACACAAUUCAGACUGAGAUUACAAGUACUAAGUACAAAAACAAAGUAUGUAAAUAAUACAAUUAAUACAAAACACAUAUUUUUAGAGGAAGUACCAAAAGUUGCAAAUAGUUAUACCGCAACCCAUGAACUUGUUUUAGAGUUUCUGGUACCAUUCAGGUCACUCUCCAUUUAAACAAAUAUUACUCAUGUGGCACUGAACAGCUGUAACUGGAAUCUGAAUAGAUGUAUAAGUGAUGUACUGCCUGGUCCAGUGGUGCAUUAUUUUCAAAACGUGUGAAAGGGGAAUUAAUUGUCUGCAGCUUUUAACAAGAAAGAGCUACACCAUUGGCACUCCAGACUUUUUACAACACAAAUCUGAAUUGUGUUCUUUAUGCUUCUGUGUAAACUUAAAA